AUGGCACGUUUCCGCGGCUUGCGACUACUUCUGCUGCCGCUGGUUACGACUAUUAUUACCCUGCAAUGUCCUGGAGCCCGGGCGCAAGUGGCUUCAGACUCUGCGGGAAUCGAAGUGAACAUGAUGAAUUUAACGUCGACCACAACGACGAGCACGACUUCGACGACGACGACGACGACGACGACGACGGCUAAGCCGGACCGCGCCGAGGAGGUCUUCUACGCCAUAUCCGACAAAAUGACGCGCUUCGCUACGCGUGAAUUCUACCCUUUGGCCAGCGAGCUCAUCUAUGACCCACGGCUCUCUCCGGGCUGCAUUGGGUCUCUCAUGAAGAUUGGAAGAGCACUAAGGACUCUUGACUUCUGGGCUGUAGAAAUGAUAGACGCGAUGGGCCGGCCACCUGCUGGAAUGAUGCAGGGACGCCUGUCCGGAUACGGAGCCUACGAACAGUGCCUAGCCAUCAGGCAUGACGAAGGUAUUUUCCAGGGAAAGUACUGCAUGGUCCAUCUCAGGUAUGAAGGUGGAGAAAUGUCGCCCAGUGUGAAAAAGGUGGUCACAAAGUUCGCCAACCACCUGGGAUUUGAGAAAGCAGGGAACGUCUCUCGCAUGUUCGACAAGGACUUUUUACCACUGGCCCCACUAUACAAGUUCGGGCUUUGUGUACCAUCUCUGUGUGACACAGGGGACCUGCAGGCCAUUAUGGAUCGCUGUUACGUGUCCAAGGCUGUUCGUUCGUUUUCCCUGCGAAGAGCCGUAAAGAAGCUCACGCAGAUUCCCAACUGGGGAGACUACUCGAACGAGCUUGGAUUCAUUCACGGAAUCCGAGUCCUGUCCGCCACAUGGGUCAUUCUGGGUCACAGCCAAAUGAUAAGAGACCCGCACAACAACUCCAACUUCAUCGCUUACUUCAAACGACUCCAUGACGACUUCCUCUUCACCGUCCAGGUGAACUCUUUCAUGGCAGUGGAGACGUUCCUCGUGAUUACAGGUUUCCUCUCCGGCUACCUCGUGACCAAGGCCCCACGUGUGCAUCUGUCGCCAGUAAUUGUUAUAAUCAUCGCGCUCUUCAGACGCUACGUGAGGCUCAUAGUGCCCAUGGCGGCGCUUUUGGGAUUCAUGUAUCUCAUUCCGGCUCUCGUGGAUGGUCCAGCCUUGAGAGACUAUUGGCCUGUGUUUGAGAAGCCGUGCACCAAUCACUGGUGGAAGAUUUUCACGAUGACUGAAAACUACAUGGAUAACCUAACAGACCUGUGUAUGCCGCACUACUGGUACAUCGCAGUGGACUUCCAGCUCGCAAUAGUUUCAACUGUGAUCCUUGCAGCUGUGACGCCUAGGUGGCCGAAGGCCUCCUUGUGGCUUAUGGCCAUCAUAGCAGCGGCCACCUGCCUGGCAACAGGGAUCCAAGUCUACGUAAAAGACGCAUUGCCUUUCAACAUCAUUAUUACAACUGACGUGAGGAAGCUGAUCGUUUCUCAAACAGAUAUUUACAUCAAGGCACAUCCGCACGCAGCACCCCUUUUUAUCGGGGUCAUUUUCGGCUGUCUCGCCACGCGUCGGCACCGGCUGUCCAAGCUAGUCCAGGCCGCCGCAUGGGUUCUGGCAACCGCGCUGUCGCUGGCUGCCCUGCUGGGAGCACAGAUGUACGUCUCCCUGGUAAUCACGGCCUACACACUCGCUUCGAUAAUGUACUUGCUUGUUGAGUGCCCGGUGGCCGGACUAGACAACCUGGUUUUCAGCAGGCUGAUGCCCAAGGAGACUAUUCUGAAAGUUAUGCAGGGCAAAGCAACAGGCGAAGAAGUGAAGUACAUCGAAGCCUUGGCUCGAGCGAAAAGCAAAAAAGCGUUCGACCUUGCCUCUAAGCAAACCAGCAUCAAUGGAUUACCCGAGUCGACAAAACGCAACCCCGACGACAAACACAUGUGCUACACCAAUGGGGCUCUCAACACCGACCUCAGCGAAGACACGCAGCCGAACGGAGCGGUGAUGUCCGUGAAGUUUUGAGAAGAGGCUGUUGUGCGCUCCUGUGUACAAGAACAGACAUUAGUGGUCGGUUUUCUCAUCCACAUUAGAGAUAUCGUGUGAUGCAAUUUAUAGGUGCUCGUCUUUUAAUCAGAUGUCAAACUUCGUACAA